AUGCCCUCUUCCGCCUCUCCUCCAUAUCCAUCUCGGGAGGACUCGGCACAGUCAGGCAGCUCGCUCGUCGCGCGCCAUCCUAAGCGCCGAGGCGUAGCGCUGUCCUGUGCUGAAUGUCGGAGACUUAAACUCAAAUGCAGUCGCGCAUUCCCGUGUAGCAAUUGUGUCAAAAAAGGUUGUGCCGCUAUCUGUCCAGAAGGCUCACUCACUACGGGCAAGGGUAAUCGGUUUGUCUUGGCGAACACAGAAGCUCUGCACGAAAAGAUCACGGUUCUAGCAAACCGAGUGCGACAGCUCGAAGAUGGUCUCGCUCAAUCUCAUGCCGCUACAUCUCAUACCCCACACCCCCUUCUCAGCGAAGAACUUCUGCAAAUCAAACGUCCAUUGGAGCGAGAACGGUUAGAUGUGCCUCAGGUAGAAGAGAAGCCGGAAACGGAGGACAAUAUCGAUUCAUUAGGCUCUCUUUCAAUAUCCAAUGAUGGGAAAUCUACAUUCUUUGGACGAACUGCUAGCUCUUGGAACGAGGAAGGUUCAGAAGAUGAGGAAGAGUUGCCCGCAGGUGUAGAUGAUAUCGCCGGACCAAGCGACCCUGCUUGGCUGAGCUACUCCUUCCCGUUCUCUCCUCCCAUUGGGAAAAUGAAGGAUGCUCUUCGACAGUCCCUCAUAUCUAAACUGCCGCGUAUGCCUCUAGCAAAGAUUCAGUGCGAUAACUAUUUCCGACACGCUGCUUGGAUGUAUACCCCAAUAACGGAGGUUGAUUUCAAUGAGUCAGUGUGGCGCCCGAUGUACGAAUUGGAAGGAUCGUAUGAUACCGUCAGUGCUCACCACCUCGCCAUUCUGUUCAUGGUGCUAGCCAUCGGGACGCUCUUGGACCUCGAUCGAGAAGCCCAUAGCCCUGAAGCCAUGCAACUUUACCACUAUGGGCGAGCGGCUCUUUCUAUCGAUUGCGUUCUGGAGGAACAGACAAUUGCUGGCAUACAAGCAAUGUUCUUGAUGUGCCAUUUCAUGUUCCUGGCGGAAAUUUACAACCCUCGAUGGACAAUUAUGGGAAUGAUCGUCAAAGUCGCCCAAAGUGUGAACCGAGACAGUGGCAAGUGGAAUCUGGACCCUGAACAAACCCGCAAAAGGCGCGAAUUAUUUUACGAGUUACUAACUUACGACUCCUGGCAGAGUUUUACUUUUGGGCGCCCACCUUCGUUAUCAUCGGCACAUAUAGACAACCAGAUGCCACAUGAGACGACUAAGAACUCGGCAGGAGAAAUUGAAAUGAGUUUUGCCGCAUGGAAGCAUCGUUUUGUCUCACAGUGUCUCAGUAUCGUACACGAUGAAGGAUUUGGAACGCGUACACCCAGUUACAAAGUCGUUCAAGAUCUAGAUCGGAAAGUACGCAACUGGUACUUUCCGCCGAGUCUACAAGUACCAGGAUUUGGAGCAGCAGCGAAACUGGUCAGCACGGAGGUGGAGCAACCCACUGUACAGUUAACGAUGCAACGUUAUACUGCCUUUGCAAUCAAGGAGAUGUGUAAGCACGUUUCUUUUCUUGGCCACUCUGCGACAGCAGGACUGAUUCGCCGAACUAUUAAAAAAACAAUUCUUCUAUUAAUAGCUCUGUUCUACAUGCAUCGCGGGUUCUUUGCACAGGCGCUCGAAGAUAACCCCAACGAUCCCAUGGGCAGUAAGUAUUCGCCUUCAGUGCUGGCUGCGUAUACGAGCGCCACGUCGUUCGUAGGCUUGAUUGAAAGCCUAUAUAAUCAACACCCUCAGCUGACGGAGAGGAUGUGGUUUUUGUUCACUCAUGUGUUUUCUUGUGCUAUCGUUCUUGGAUCGAUAGCUGCGAAGUCCCAGAUGGGACUGGCACGGUCUGCUCUAUCACAUCUGGAUUCCGCAUACAAUCUUUUCACCAGAGUCACGGAUAAAGCACGAGCUGGCAAAAUUAUACCCAUACUGGCCAAAUUGAGGGAAAGGGCACAGAUGGCUAACUCGAAUCUUCCUUUACAACCCGAAAAUGCUACGCGACUUUCUUUUUAUGGUCCCAAGAUCAAGAGCGAGGUGGACGAGUUGUCCACUUUGGGCGGCAUGACAAGACUAGUUUCCCGGAAAUCCUCUGGUUCUCCGUCCGUCUCUGCCCCAAGCCCUCCUUCUCAUCACAGCUCUCCUUCAAACCUCGCGGAAUCGCAGAUAUACCUCGCCAAUCCACCCGAGCAGUCGAAUGCAAACGCGUGGCAGAACUACACGCACAUACAAAACUUCAAUGUGAACAUCAAUAUGGGUGACUAUUACCCAAAUGGUGCCACUGCAGACCCACAAGGGGACAUGUCUCUCCUUUACCAAAUCCCAAACCACUCUCUACAACAGCAGCCACAGAGCAUGUCUCUGGACAUGAACCAUGGACACCAUCACCAGUCAUAUUAUUCGAACUCUUAUGGUGGUUAUGGGAAUGGGAACCAAUUUAUGAUGUCUCAUAUGACGGCUUCUCCAGAAUUAACGACUCCUACACACGAUAUGCAGGAGUCAUGGCAAAACCUGAUGGCGCAAUAUAGAUGA